GAAACUACAGGCCAACAUCUCUCAUGUAACCUAGAUGCAACAAUCCUCAACAAAAUAUUAGCAAAUUGAAUCCAACAAUGUAUGAAAAGAAUUAUACACCAUGACCAAGUAGGAUUUCUCCAAGGUAUGCAAGGCUGGUUCAACAUUCAAAAAUCAAUUAACACUCCCAGGGCUCCCGCUAUCAACGUGGCUCGCUUGCGCCCCGGAAGCUGCCCCUUCUCGGGGGUCAUGAUGGGCAGCAAGAUGGCGUCUGCCAGCAGGGUCAUCCAGGUAGUCAAGCCACACACUCCAUUCAUAAGAUUUCCUGACAGAAGAGACAAUGCUAAACCCAAUGUAUCAGAAGCUUUGAGAUCAGCAGGGCUACCGUCUCACUCUUCUGCAAUUUCCCAGCAUUCUAAGGGAAGUAAAUCACCAGAUUUGCUGAUGUAUCAGGGUCCACCAGACACUGCAGAGAUAAUAAAAACAUUGCCUCAGAAAUGUAGAAGGAAACUUGUGUCUCAAGAAGAAAUUGAAUUUAUCCAACAUGGAGGUCCAGAGUAAUCACUGUGGCUGCUGUUUGUCAUCAGACAAAAGAAUUAUCUUUACAAUAAAUGACUUCUAAAGUGAAAAAUGA